CGUCACUGAGGCAUCAUCAGUUUACCACCAACGGUGAGGUCAUACCUCACGUUGCAUUAGACCCUCACCUCCCUAUCGUCCGGCUGUACCAUUGAAAUUAAGUCAUGUGGCAUGGUUUCGGCUUCAUCCUGCUCAUCCUGCUCCUGCCACCUCUUGCAGUCGUUUACGCAUACUACCGCCACGAAGAUCUAGCCUACCAUGCCAUCGGUAACCUCAUCAUCUGGCUACUGUUCUGGCCCGUCGCAAUCAUUCACGCUUUCACUGUGAUAUUCGAAUGCGGGCACAUCAAGACGGGGCUGUAUUUCGACCACCCUACUCGUGAGAGGCGUCGAGCGGAAAGACAGGAGAAGAAGGCCGCCUAUAAGCAGAGGAAGUAUCAGCGGGAGUACGGGAUGGCUCACCAGACUGUCCAAAGCCUUCAGGGUCAAGAUGUCGCUCGGAACGAUCCUUAUGUACCUCCCAGGGUGGUUCAGACUGCUCCGCGCGCUCGAUUAAGUGUUUCUCGGACUGAUCCAUACCAAGUACCAAGGGUAAGUCGAGCAGCCCUAAAACUGCGAAUAAACAUCGCAUUGGAAGCACUUGAAGUACUGACAUCAUACGGUAUAGGCAUGAGUGUUUACAAACUCACGAUGCGUAAGGUAGCCGUUGGGAAGCCAAGAGCUGAACCAAUACAUGGCAAGACCGAGAUGCUACCUUGGAGACGCCUGUCAGUCAAUGAGAUGAGCGAAGAACAUGAAGAUUAG